AUGCCCAAGCCGCCGCCGGUCGUGGAGGUAGGGUCGAAGCCCCGCGAUAUCUUCCUCAUCCACGACGACGACGACGACGAUCGCAGCGGCGGUCACGGCCACCAUCUGGAGUCGCGCUCGGUGGUCGGCAUGGGCGGUCGAGCCGGACGGCGCGCUGCGGGGGACCGUUUCGGCGGUUCGGCACGCGGUCGGGAGGGUUCUUCCGCCGGUGGUCACGCGGCGUCGCGGUCGCCGCCACCGAGGCGAAACUCGCUCGCGUCGUCCUCCCCGGCCGCGGCCCGCGCCGGCGCCGGCACCAGGGAGCCCGAGGUCAUCGAACUCGACGAUGACGACGACGAAGGGUACGAAGUUCCCAGAGAGCGCUCGGAGAGAGCAGCCGCGCAUGCCGGCGUCAAGAAGGAGCCGCUCGAAUAUUCGGGCGGCGAUUCGGAUGGUCCACCUGCGACUGCGAGAGGCCGCAAAAGGGCGGCGGCCUCCGCGCCCGGCGGCUCCCGGAAGGCCAAGAAGUGGCCGAGACGGGAGUCCCCGGUCAGAAGAUCCAAGCCGCACAGGGCGGGCGGGCGCGCCGAGCGCGGAAGCUCGCUGAAGCAGGGGAAUCGUAAGGGUCAGGGGGCAAUCGGCUACAAGGGCGGCCGCUCAGAGUGGCGUGGUUCUGCCCCGGAGAGGCAUGUCGGCGCACUUGUCUCGUCCAGGACUCGUGCACGGAACGGCGGACGGGGAAAGGGGGCUCCUACUGCAAAGUAUCCUGCACCUCUGGUUUCUGACCAUAGUGGGGAUGGCUAUGAGAUGGAAGAGGUCAGUUUAGAUGAUGACAGUAGGAGACCCCGGGAUAAGGAGGAGGAGGAUGUGGUGAAGGGGAAGAACAAGAAGAAGGUGGAUGAUAGUGGUGACAACGAUGAGAUGGAAGAGGUCAGUUCAGAUGACAAUAUGAGACCCCGGGAUAACGAGGAGGAGGAUGUGGUGAAGGAGAAGAAGAAGAUGGACGAUAAUGGUGACAACGAUGAGAUGGAAGAAGUCAGUUCAGAUGACAGUAGGAGACCCCGGGAUAACGAGGAGGGGGAGGAUGUGGUGAAGGGGAAGAAGAAGGUGGAUGAUAAGUGUGACAGUGAUGAGAUGGAAGAGGUUGGUUCAGAUGACAGUAGGAGACCCCGAGAUAACGAGGAGGAUGAGGAUGUGGUGAAGGGGAAGAAGAAGGUGGACGAUGAUGAUGACAACGAUGAGAUGGAGGAAGUCAGUUCAGAUGACAAUAGGAGACCCCGGGAUAACGAGGAGGAGGAUGAUGUGGUGAAGGGGAAGAACCAGGUGGACGAUAAUGCUGAUAGCGAGGAGAUGUACAAAUCCAUCGAGGGGGAGGAAUCGGGGGAGGCCGGGAACGGCAUUCAGGAUGAUAGCUAUGCUGGUGAUAGUGAUGACACAACAGAGCCAGAGGAGGAGGAGGAGCAUCUGGGUGAAGAAGAGGAAGAACAAGAACAAGAAGAAUCUAACGAGGCAGGGGAAGAAGUGCGUGGCAUGCCUAGCAGCAAUGCCAAUGCCGGUGGGAGUGCCAGACCGGGCGGCGACGGCACGCCGCCCGUUCGCAAGAAGAACUUCGAGGGACUGUAUCUGAUCGAAAAGGCGGACACCAGCUCUACCGGCGAGGGUAUGAGGAAGCGGACGCGAUCACAGCGGAGAUGCUCGGACAAGAAACUGCUCACCCGAGGGACUUUCAGCAAGCCGUACUGCAUCGACGUCUCGGAGUCCGAGCCCGAGCCCGAGGAAGAGGCACCGCCUCCUGCGCAGGCGCAACCAUCCGAUUGGGCGUUCGAGGACGACGACGACGACGGAGCGCCCGCAAAGAAGAGACGGCGCCGGCAACAGUUCUUCGACAGCGAUGGCUCCGGUUCAGAGGACAGUAGCGACGACUCUGAGACUGACAGGGCGUUCGCAAGGAAUGCCAGGAAGGGGCCGAGUUCAAGCAGGCCCACGAACGGCGGCGGCGGCGCGCCCUACCGGCAGCAGCAGACUGCCAAGGAGGGCCGCAAAGAUUACGCAGGUUGUUCUAACCCACGACGCGUUAAGAUCUACGCUGCAAAUGCAAAUGCAGGGAACCCGGGCAAUCCGCAGCAGGGUGAUGUUUCCUUCAAGAACAGCGCCUUGCUUCCUCAGAAGGGGAAGCGGGAGAAGAAGGCCUACGAUGAUCUGUUCAACUCCAUAUUUGACGAAAUAGAGAAGCAUCCUAACUGCUCUGAUCCCGCACAGGCACAUCAGGGCUGGGACGACAGGUAUCCGCUGGUGUUCUCGUUCGAAGACGAAGAAAAGGAAGUUAAAGAGAAAUCGGAGCAUGAAAUGUACAUGGAAGACCUGUGGGGAGAACUGGAUUUUUGCUUGGAGACCAUCUACGCUGAGAAGGUACCUCACUCUCUGCUUAUGGUAAUAUCGUUCUAA